CACCACGCGUCCCGCCUAGUCUCUGCCUCCGCUGAAUGGGAAUGAUAGAGCGACUACACGUAGUUACUGAGUCGUCAUUGAGCAACCUGGGAAAGCCCACAUGCGUGUCUGUAGUUAUCAACCUACAGUUUUGAGAAAAUUUGAAGCUGUUAAGUACCUCACAGAAGCUCUUACACCUAUCAGUGAAAUAGAACUUGAAGAUGUGCUGGAAAAGAUCAUUGAUGCAGUUGAAAAGCAACCCUUGUCAUCAAACAUGAUUGAACGAUCUGUAGUGGAAGCAGCAGUCCAGGAAUGCAGUCAGUCUGUAGAUGAAACUAUGGAACAUAUUUUCAAUAUCAUAGGAGCAUUUGAUAUUCCACGCUUUGUGUACAGUUCAGAAAGAAAAAAAUUUCUUCCUCUAUUAAUGACCAACCACCCUGCACCAAAUUUAUUUGGAACAGCAAGAGAUAAAGCAGAGCUGUUUCGUGAACGAUAUACUAUUUUGCACCAGAGGACACACAGACAUGAAUUAUUUACUCCUCCAGUGAUAGGUUCUCAUCCUGAUGAAACCGGAAGCAAAUUCCAGCUUAAAACGGUAGAAACCCUAUUGGGCAGUACAACCAAAAUUGGAGAUGUGAUUGUUCUUGGAAUGAUAACCCAGUUAAAAGAGGGAAAAUUUUUUCUGGAAGAUCCUACGGGAACCGUACAACUGGAUAUUAGUAAAGCUCAGUUCCAUAGUGGUUUAUACACAGAGUCAUGCUUUGUCUUAGCAGAAGGCUGGUUUGAAGAUCAGGUGUUUCAUGUCAAUGCCUUCGGAUUUCCACCCACUGAACCCUCUAGUACUACUAGGGCAUACUAUGGAAAUAUUAAUUUUUUUGGAGGGCCUUCUAAUACAUCUGUGAAGACUUCUGCAAAACUAAAACAACUAGAAGAAGAGAAUAAAGAUGCCAUGUUUGUGUUUAUAUCUGACGUUUGGUUAGACCAAGGAGAAGUGUUGGGAAAACUUCACACCAUGUUUUCUGGUUAUUCACCAGCACCUCCAACCUGCUUUAUUCUGUGUGGUAAUUUUUCAUCUGCACCAUAUGGAAAAAAUCAAGUUCAAGCUUUGAAAGAUUCCUUAAAAACUUUGGCAGACAUAAUAUGUGAAUAUCCAAAUAUCCACCAAAGUAGUCGUUUUGUGUUUGUUCCUGGUCCAGAGGAUCCUGGAUUUGGUUCCAUCUUACCAAGGCCACCACUUGCUGAAAGCAUCACUGAUGAAUUCAGACAAAGAGUACCAUUUUCAAUUUUUACUACCAAUCCUUGCAGAAUUCAGUACUGUACACAAGAAAUUAUUGUCUUCCGUGAGGACUUAGUGAAUAAAAUGUGCAGAAACUGUGUCCACUUCCCUAGUAGCAAUUUGGAUAUUCCUAAUCAUUUUGUAAAGACGAUCUUAUCCCAAGGACACCUGACCCCUCUCCCCCUCUAUGUCUGCCCAGUGUACUGGGCAUAUGACUAUGCUCUGAGAGUGUACCCUGUGCCUGAUCUCCUGGUCAUUGCAGACAAAUACGAUCCUUUCACUGUGACCAAUACAGAAUGCCUCUGUAUGAACCCGGGAUCUUUUCCAAGAAGUGGAUUUUCAUUCAAAGUUUUUUAUCCAUCCAGUAAGAUAGUAGAAGACAGCAAACUUCAAGGUUUCUGAGAUUCUAAGACCAUCUGAAGACAGAAAAUUCAUCAGUUUCUGCUUAAUUUUGUAUCUAUGUAAUUUUGAUAAGUUAUAAUAAAAUUAUGAUAAACUUAGAAUGUUCUUAAAUUUGUAUUUUAUGGAAUUUUGUUAUUGUUAUAAUAAACAUGGUACAGUUUACAAGGUUUUAUAGCAAAAAUAUUUUCUGCAUAGUCUUAAGAAACAUGUGAAAGUAUGUAUGAGGAUAUAAUCUGAUUAUACAUUUAUGGUCAAAAACUGAAGUUUUGGGGCACCUGGGUGGCCCAGUUGGUUGAGCGUCUGACUUCGGCUCAGGUCAUGAUCUCGCAGUUCCUGAGUUCAGGCCCUGCUUUGGGCUCUGUGCUGAAAGCUUGGAGCCUGCUUCAGAUUCUGUGUCUCCCUCUCUCUCUCGAAAAUAAACAUUAAAAAAAAAUUUUUUUUUAAGGUUUAAUUAUUUAUUGUCUAGCCAUAUACCAAUAUUCAUUUUAAGAAAAGUAGAAAUAUUUAAAAUUUUCUGAACCCUUGUUUUAGUCUAACUUAGGUUUUUAUCACCAUAAGAGUCCUAAUGGUAUAUUCAGCAAUUUUCAAACUGUUUAAAUUUCAAGUCACAGAAUUUAUUCUAAUAGUGAAAACCUUUGCGUCAGGAUAUUACUAUGAUAAUUUCAUAAUUAUCUUCUGGCACUGGAAAUUUAAAAACACAUAGUCCCCCUAGAUUUUACAUUUAGAAGACACAAGUGUUUAUUUUAAUAUCGUCCCCUCACUUACCUUUUAGUUUAUGGCAUUGCAAUAAUAGCCUAGAAAUGAAUCUGAAUGACAGGAAGUUGUUAGAGGUACAAAGAAUUUCUCAAAUGUAAGAGUAUCUUGAUAUUACAAAGAGCCUGGAAUGGAAGACAUUUCUUUGAAAGAAAAUUAGCUUUUGGGAGAAUAGAGACUGAUAAAAAAUAAAAAUGACAUACUGAAAGGAAAAUUCCUCAAGGAAAUUUAAUCUGAACGUAGUGAUAAGUGAAUUAGUAGUUAAGAGUGAAGUGGCAACUUAAGAAGUGGUUUGAAGAUGGAAAAUCUGGGGAGAGCAUUAGUAGAGGCCUGAUGUUAGAAGAGCAAGAUUUAGCUUUAAUUUCAAGAAUAACCUAGAGAGGGGUGCCUAGGUGGCUCAGUCAGUUAACUGUCCAACUUCGGCUCAGGUCAUGAUCCCAUGGCCCUUGAGUUCCAGCCCGGCAUCGGGCUCCUUGCUGUCAGCACAGAACUCUCUUCAGAUCCCGUCUCCCUCUCUGCCCCUCCCCUGCCCACACUCUAUUUCUCAAAAAAUAAACAUUAAAAAAAAAAAAAAAGAAUAACCUAGAAAAAGUUAAAGAAGAAAUCAAGGCAUAAGGUCAAAUGCUAUAUAUAUCUUGCUUGGAAAAUGUACAAUUUGGGCCUUAAAAGUGGUAGCGAAAUAAACACUGUAAGGUUGUUGGUCCAGUUAUGAGAACGAGAGCUACCUAUGAAAGAUGAUGGGUCGAAAGUUAUAAAUGGAAAUUGAUACGUGUUCCCUCAUUCACUAACUCCUUCAUUUAACAAAUAAUUGUUUCUAUAAAAUGAACUUUUUGAGAUCUUUUCACAUUUAACGGCUAGAAAGACAGGGUGCAUUUAGGCGUUAGCAAGGUGAAGUGAAAUGACGCAGGGUAGUUAACUAUGAGCAGAGAAGUUGCCAAAACCAGGCAACAAGAUAGUAACUAGAACCGGGUGGGAAUCAGUGUUGUCCAGAAACGUAAAGCAGAAGUCUGAAAGAUGGAGCAGUAGAGGAGGAGCACUCAAAGGGCAUCCUGGGCUGCUUUGGGGCAAAUCAGAGGGGUGUUGUGCUCCCCGACUUGGUGUUUACUCAGCUGGAGCGUGGCCCACCUCACUGCAGAAAUCUGGGUAUGAGGCCCUGUCAUAGGAAGGUGUGUGUGCCUUCGAGCAGGGGCCAGGUAGUUCACAAGAUGGGAGUGGGUAAGAUUUCUAUGAGAAAAGCGAACACUUGGUCUCGAGUGGGGAAUCCACAGGAAGUGCAGACUGGAGCGCGCAGGCCCACCUAAGGAUGGCACCUGCUGUUGUUCUGCCAUCAGCCAGUCAUGGCCACACGGGAAGCCUAGACCAGUCUGCCAUUUUGGAGAAAUCCGUACUGUCAGGAAAAGCAUCCCGAGUGUUCAAGCACUGGUGACUAAUUGAAAUCACCAAAGUUUGCACCAAAGACGACAUGAUUACAGACUGGAUUAUGCCCGUGAAUUGCUUUCUCUGCCUUACAAGCACAGAAAUUGUAACUUGUGUUCUAUAAAAUACACCUAUUAAGUAAGAUGAGUUGGGUCCCAAUCAUUCAAUCACUAAAAUCUAUUGUGGAAUCUGCUGUGUUUUCGUAGAGUGAGGGGGCCACAGGCAGGGUAAAAUGAAAAUGGAAUGUUUCAGUUCUGACCCUGUGCACAUUCGUGUGUUUUCCAAGGAGCGUAGGCCCCCUCCUACCAUAUUCAACCAGUAAAGCUCCGUUUUUAUUGUUCUUAUAUUUUGGGCUUUAUUUUUAGACAAGCCUGAAUAAAAAAGGUGGUCGGGUUUGGAAAGGGGUAGGAAACUGCCACUCUAAUUCUUUAAUACAUUGUUAAAUGUUUACCAUGCUAGACACUAAGCUAAGUGCUUACUGUGCUAUUUAGGCUCCGUUAGGUCACCAUUACGUUUAAUUUGUAAGUGAACAGACAGGAACAGGGAGAUUAAAUAAGUUGCCAAGGUCACACAGCUGGUAAAGGUCAGAGACAAGUUCACUCCAUCGUGUAUUGUUUCCCUUCUACUCCCUUACUAAACAGUAAUUUUUACUCCACACUUCAGAAGUUACACAGGAUCAUCUAUCUAGAGCUAUGUUUUAAAUUGAA